UCGCACAGUCGCAUUCCAAUCCCAAUUCCCACCUCAGCACCUGGCCAAUCGCCACAAACCCUAUCCCCAAAGGCCAAAACCCCUGGCGCUGCGCACCACCGCGAUGUCGGCGACGGCCAUCCGCUCCGGCGAGCUCCUCGCGUUCCCGGCCGCGCUGAGGCGGGGCGCGCCCGUGUCUGCCGCCUCGUUCGUGUCGUUCCGGAUGAGGGCGGCGGCGGCGGCGGGGCGCGUGGCGGUGAGGGUCGUCGCGGCGGCGGCGGAGGGGGCGGGGGCGGACGCGGACGCAGGAGGGAAGCCCAAGCCGAAGAAGAGGGCGGCGAGCGGGAUCAUGAAGCCGAAGCCGAUCUCGCCGGAGCUGCGGGAGUUCGUCGGGGGCGCGGAGGAGCUGCCCAGGACGGAAGCGCUCAAGAUCAUCUGGGCUCACAUCAAGGGCAACAACCUCCAGGAUCCUGCCAACAAGAAGAUAAUAGUCUGUGACGAUAAACUGAAGAAGAUAUUUGGAGGGCGUGACCGUGUUGGGUUUCUUGAAAUCUCUGGGCUCCUCAAUCCCCACUUCCAGAAAUGAUAGAUUUAUGUAAAUCUUGCUUUUUUGUACUAGCCAAGACUGUUGUGUCAGUAUCUUUAGCUGAACCUGGUACGGAGGGUCUUAAUUCUGCUUUAUGAAUGGUUUGCAGUAAAGGGUUUGCUGCCUUUUUUCUCAUCAUCAA